AUGACACCACCGCACAACGUGAACCACGUCUCAUCGGCAUACAAUGGAGCACCAGACUUAACCUCCAAGCGAUCCUUCUACUCUCAUACUUCAUCUUGCUUUGAAGCCGACGACGAGCGAUCCGAUACCGUUUCGUUUUUCGACUGGAUCACCACCCCCAUGUCCGGCAGGAUGAAUCCUGCCAACGAUACCUUCGAUAAUAGUCCCGGCGACAACAGCGACUACCCAUACGACGACACUGACAGAGACAGCAGCCUGCCUCCCGCACGAUAUCCCGGUGACGACACUCGCCCCACCAGCCAGAAGGAACUCGCGGGAUGGUAUGCCUACGCCUUUGCUGCUGAGGUCUAUGUUAUCUGCGGUAUCGGUUCCUUCAUCCCAAUUCUCCUCGAAAGUCUAGCCCGCGAAAAUGGCGUCCUCCUCUCCGACCGAUCGAAACCCUGUGGUUCCAGCUCCGAUAAGCACGCGACAGCUGCCCAAGGACAAUGCAUCGUCUACGUCUUGGGCAUGGAAAUCAACACGGCGAGCUUCGCCAUGUACACCUUUAGCGUCAGCGUCCUGCUACAGGCCUUGUUGGUCGUCAGCAUAAGUUGCGCCGCGGAUCAUGGCAACUUUCGAAAGAAGCUCUUACUUGCGUUCGCGUGGAUCGGGAGUACGUGUGUGAUGGCCUACAUUUUCAUCAGCAAGAGCACAUAUCUCAUUGGUGCCCUGCUGGCUAUCAUCUCGAAUACCGCGUUCGGCGCAUCCUUUGUGCUGCUGAACUCGUUCUUGCCGCUUUUGGUCAGGCAUCACCCCGAGAUCGAUGAUAUUGGGGACUAUGGCUCGCCAGGCUAUGCGACAACCGAAGAUGGCGAUGAUGAGGAUGAUGAGUACCGUGAGGAUAGCAUGCGCAACUCGACGACUGCCUUGCUCGGAAGCCGAACAUACGAUGAGGGCGAACCUCUUUCCCGAGUCCAGACAACCGAGGAAUUGACCUCCCGCGAACUGGAACUAUCCACGCAGAUCUCAGCCAAGGGUAUUGGCAUCGGUUACAUCGCCGGCCUGUUCCUGCAAUGCGUGGCCAUCGCCAUUCUGAUCGUACUGAAGAACACAACUUGGUCGCAGCGCAUCGUCCUUUGUGUCAUCGGCGCAUGGUGGGCCAUCUUCACUAUCCCAGCCGCCAUGUGGCUACGACCUCGUCCGGGACCUCCUCUGCCAACCAAGUCCAACACCGGAGGCAUCCGCGCCUUGUUCCACUACACCAUCUAUGCCUGGAAGUCCCUCUUCCGCACCAUCCAUCUCGCCCGGCGCCUGGUGGACAUUGUCCUCUUCCUAGCCGGCUGGUUCCUCCUCUCGGACGCCAUCGCCACCACCUCCUCCACCGCCAUUCUCUUCGCCAAAACCCAACUGCACAUGGAACCCUGGGCGUUGGGAAUGAUCAACGUCAUCUCCACCGCCUCAGGCAUCAUCGGCGCCUUCUCGUGGUCCUUCAUUUCGCGCAAAUUCCGUCUCAAAGCCCACCAGACCAUCCUGGCUUGCAUCGCCCUCUUCGAGCUGAUUCCCCUCUACGGACUAAUGGGUUACCUCCCCUUUGUCCAAGCCUGGGGCGUCGGCGGCUUACAACAGCCAUGGGAGAUGUAUCCCCUGGCCGCCAUCUACGGAUUCGUGCUAGGUGGACUGUCUGGGUACUGCCGCUCUUUGUACGGUGAACUCAUCCCGCCCGGAUCCGAGGCCGCUUUUUACGCUCUGUACGCUAUCACCGACAAAGGGUCGAGCGUGUUCGGACCGGCGAUUGUGGGCGCAAUUAUCGACGCGAGCGGGGAGAUUAGGCCGGCGUUCUGGUUCUUGGCGGCCAUUGUGGGCACGCCGGCGCUGUUCAUUUGGUUUAUCAAUGUGGAGAGGGGGCGAACGGAGGGAGAGGCGUUGGCGGAGGUUAUUGAGGGGUUUAAGCUGAACGGACUGAACGAGCUGAGUGGAAAUGGGAAUGGGGUGGAUGGAUUGGCGGAGGAGAGGAGAGGAAGUGAUGCUAGUAGGGCGAUUUUGGGGAGGUAUGAUGAUGAGGAUGAUGAGUGA